AUUAAUGUUUAAUCUUCCGUAUAAACACGUACGGUUGACCCUCAUUUCUUUUCUUGGGGACGCUCGCACGCAUUUCUUUGUGAUUUGUGAAAGAGUGGUCGAGACUUUCCUCCCCCAGAAAACUCCUACACCAACACUUAUUGAUUCUACGGUAAGCCAUUUCUGAAUCCUCAAUGUUGCUUUUGUUUCGUGUAGACUUAUGAAUCAUCAUCAAACUGACAAUUUGGGGGUCUUCCCGGAGGAAGUUAUUGUCCAGAUUCUCGCACGAUUGCCAGUAAAAUCACUUGCCAGAACAAAAUGCGUUUGCAAAUUCUGGAAAACCCUAAUUUGCGACAAAUACUUCGCUCAAAUCUACAACGAAGCAUCAAUUCGAAACCCUAUGGUUCUAUUGGACGCAUGCGAGUCCUCAUCCGCCGGCGGAUUGAUCUGCGUCGACAAUAAAACUGGCGUAUCUGAAUUAUCUCUCGAUUUCGUAAGAGACAGAGUGAAAGUUAGGGCUUCCUGUAAUGGGCUGUUGUGUUGUUCAAGCAUACCUGAUAAAGGUGUCUACUAUGUCUGUAAUCCCAUGACCAGAGAGUACAAGCUUUUACCCAGAAGUAGGGAAAGACACAUCACUAGGUUUUACCCAGACGGUGAGGCCACACUAGUUGGCCUGGCUUGCAAUUUGUCAACGCGACACUAUAACGUUGUACUGGCCGGGUACCACCGGUCAUUCGGGCACCGCCCCGAGAGGAAUUUCAUAUGUUUGAUCUACGAUUCGGAAUCUAAUAAGUGGAGGAGAUUUGUCUCCUUCCAAGACCACCAGUUCAAGCAAAUGAACAAGAAUCAGACAGUUUUUGUUAAUGGGUCGUUACACUGGUUGACUGACACCGGUUCUUGUGUUUUAGUCCUCGAUUUGGCCAGUGAUGUUUGGCGGGAAAUCCGACUGCCGGACGAAGUGGGUUGCACGGUCGGAAACCGGGUUUACUUGCUGGAAUCGGACGGAUGUUUGUCUGUUGUACGGAUAUCAGAUGCUUGGAUGAUUGUUUAUGUGAUGAGAAGCUAUGAAAAGGAAGAAUGGGACUUGGUGGAUCGAGUGAGUCUGAGAUGCAUAAGAGGGAUGGUUCCCGGGGUGUUUCCUAUAAGUCAAACGGGUGAAUGUGUGUUUCUUGCCACACACAAGCAGGUUUUGGUGUAUAAGACAAAGAGCAAGGUGUGGAAGGAGGUGUAUUCUGUGAAGAAUGUGUCCAGGCUGCCUUUAUGGUUCUCUGCUUAUUCGUUUCGCAGCACAAUCUUUUCAUGUCAUUGAAUUCUCCUUUAAUUCACUUCUUUUAUGUUGAUAAAUUGAUGGACUUUUGGGGGUGCAUUGAUCAUUUGAGUGAAUAUCGUUAAAAUACAAGUUUGAUGGUCAGAGUCUUGUAGUAUUUGGCAAUCUUGAGUUUAAGGCAAUGUAAAUAAAAAUAAGGUGCCAACUUAUCCUCGAGUUGUGAUAUUCUUUUACUAAAAUAAACUGAGAAUAAGGUUGUAUGGUGUUGACAAUCUCAACAGUAUCAAGUGGUAUUCCGAGCUACGGAGUAACUUGUACGAGUAUAUUGUUGCUCUUCUUCAGUUCUGGAGAGCUAGAUACGAAGUAUAUUAUAUUGGAAAUCAGAGUUUGAAAAUUUUUAUACGGUCAUUUUAGGUGCCAAAACUUCAUACGUUAAUAUGUAUAUAGUAGGAGUAAUUGAAUGGGUUAUAAACUAUGUAGCACGGAUACUUCAUUGGGAUAUUGUCUAGGUGUAUCAGAAAUGUUCAUAUAUCAGAUACUAUAAGAUUCACGUAAUGUAUGUUCUUGGGUCGUAUUUGCAAUUUAUUAAAAGUUUCCAACUUUUUGUUAUAUAUUUCAAAAUUUC